AUGUCUCAAUAUCCACCAGUCCGUCCCUGGGCAACUCUCAGCGCCAUUGACCGGGAGGACGAUCCAGGAAUUCUCUACGAAGAUGAGCACCAGCAAUGGCUUCGACAGCACCCACGUGUUGCUCCUCACACCGCAAAGAGGAUUGGCAAUAAGAGCCUACGUCCCUUCGCAGACCGGGGCCCCAGCAUGGCUAAAAACCUUCGUGGUAUUGCGGAAAGAGGUGCAGCUCGUCGCAAUGGAAGUGCUGUGAACAAGAAUGAUGUAUCUACCAAGCCGCUGCCACCAAUUCCUCAGGAAGCUCCUCAGCUGGCCUCCGCAGUUGGCCAGGAGGGUGUUUUCCAAGCUUCUGGGAGCGCUAUCAACAAGAUGAGCAUCCAUUACAUGCUUAACGGAUCAGAGAUGCAAGGCAACCAGGCCGAAACUCCAUUUUCUCAACGCGAAACUUCUCAGCCUGCUAUCGAAGCUGGCCAGAAGGCAGGUGUCGAGGGCCCUGUGUACUCGAGUAAAAAGAUGAAACCGAAUUCGCUUCUCAAGGAAUACACGCAGAAAGGCUACGAUGACGAGACUCCAUCUAUUCCACCCCUGCCUCCCAUUGUACCCUUUUCAGACGACCACUACAAUGCCCAGGCCUCCUAUACCAAUCAGUCCUCUGUUGACCGUCGCUUGGCUCUUGCUGCUCUUUGUUGUGCCCCUGUGCCUGAGGCCCCUUAUGCUCAACCCCAUUCCAGUCCCCAUCGCCACGGUCAUAGUCCAACUUCGUGGUACGAAGCUUCACCCACUGGUAACGGAUUUACUCCGGAUGCUCAGGUUGCAGUAGCCGCCAGCGCUACUCCAGUGCCCGAAAUCAAGCAAGAAAAUCAAUUCACCAAAGUGCAGCGCCCAACCAUCGAGGAACUGAUUGCCUUGAUCAAUCAGGACACGGAAAACUGCCGCCUUGCAAAUGAAAAUCACAUUCCAGGAAAUAUCUUCCAUGCGGGUCAAAAAUCUGCUUCGGAUCCCCAGAUGCCUGACUUUGUUAUUCGUAAUGCCGAGAGUCCUCCAUUUGCGAGCCCCGGCACCAUUCGCAAACUUACACCUACAACACCUAUGGGGUCCCCGUCCCCGUCCCACGCUCAAUCUCCUUGUCCUAAAGGAUGUUGCUACUGGUCUGAGGAUGAGUUUGACCGAGAAAGUCUUGCAUCUUCUGGGCUUGAAUUUGAGCAGGAACGGUCUGCUUCUGAUAUACAUCCGCAAGAGUCGCUGCCUUUGAAUUCUCCUCUUUCCCCUCCCCUCGAAGAAUGUUAUGUUCGGGUUUCGGAAAUGCCCGGCGAGAUGGACUCUGGCGUCACUGUAGCCCAUGGGCAUCAGUUUGAUUGGGAAAAUACUACUCCUGACUCGCCUCUACUGGAUUCACCUCCAUCUCCUGUUCAAGCUCCUUCGUCUUCAGAACAUCACCCCAGUGAUCUUCGUGCAUAUUCCUAUGCCGAUUUGCCUCGAAUUGGAACUUCUCCAUCUGACAAUAUCCCUCACGAUCCCCGUCUUACGACUGUUACUUUCCGUUCGGAUUACAUAUCAUCUCCAACCAGCUACCCUAAUUGGUUGAGACCAACAGAUAUGAACAAUGUCGAUCAGUCUCUUGUCCCACAGCAAUUGAACGUGACAAAUAAAAAUCCUGCCUUCACCAUGACUCUCCCAAUCCGCAACGUUGCCCAGCAUCAGACAGCUGUUCACGUGUCUGAUUCUACCAACAGUGGACAUAGCCGCGCAGUUUCCUUCGUCAGCAAUGAGUCCAAUGUCAACAACAGCUCCAGCAAUUCAACUCUGAGUCGUGCUAGUCAAAGCCCGGGUGUCUCCAGCUCCGAGGGCUCCGAGGGCUCUCGUGGAACCAAGCGCAAGCGAUUUACCAAGAACCUCUUUGGUAAGAAGGGAUACCUUGAAGACAAUGAGGUGCAACGCGACAAGCGAUUCAAGUUUUUCAAGGGGGCCAUCGAAAAGGGACAUUCAACCAUUGGCAGUAUCAAGGGAAUGAUUUGGGAUGAGAAUCGAGCUCUGAUCAACUCAUCCAAGCCCAGCAUCGUCACCGAGAGCACUGCCCCCAUUACUCUGAACACCGAAGUGCAGUCAAUUUUGUACGCCGAGAUUGAGAACAUGAUCACUCAUGUGGCCAACGAAUUCCUGAUGAAAGAGUAUUAUGACGGCCACCUCUCUGUUUAUUCUCUCAACAAGGUGAAAAGAAGAUGGGAGCGGAAGAACAUGCCCGGUGUCCCUGAAUUCCACUUUGAUCAAACAACCCAGUACAAGCUUAUCAGCGCAAACCGUGAGCAUCUCAAAUUCGGUAAUGCGAGCAACGGUCUUCGGCCGUACACUGUUCUGCGCAACUGGAAAAAGAUCUGCAAGAACAUGACUAUCCGCACCUUUGUGGCCCCCGAUUCGGUUAUCAAGAAGCACAUCCACGAUAUCCUGGAUCUCCUGGAGAUUCUGAACGCCGAUGAAUGCCACAUUGAGCUGAUUAUGGUCCUUGGUGCGCACGUUCGUGGAGAACUGAAGAAGCACGAGGUGAUGCAGCACCACCGAGACACUCAGAACUCUGGAAGCUCUCGCUCUUAA